UGGAGAUUGCUGAAUAGCAAAGAGAAUUUUAUUACUAUUGGAAUGCUGCGAUCUUCUUUUAUCAGUAUGACUGCUUGCAGACUUGUUUCUGUCAAUACACCACUCUCAAGAGUCAUUACUUCUGGCCUAGCUACUGUUGCUUCAAGUUCUAAACCUGCUGCUACUCGCACAUACGGCAACCUUUCUGACAACGACCGUAUUUUUACUAAUCUAUAUGGUCGUCAUGACUUCAAACUUGAAGGAGCAAAGAAGCGAGGUGAUUGGUACAAGACCAAAGAGAUUAUUCUCAAGGGCCAUGACUGGAUUAUUAGUGAAAUGAAGACAUCUGGCCUGCGUGGUCGUGGUGGAGCUGGUUUUCCUUCAGGUCUCAAGUGGAGUUUUAUGAACAAACCCGGUGGUCCUGACGGUCGUCCUCGUUAUCUUGUUGUCAAUGCUGAUGAAGGCGAGCCUGGAACUUGCAAAGACAGAGAAAUCAUACGUCAUGAUCCCCAUAAGCUUGUCGAGGGUUGUCUGCUUGCUGGUCGUGCAAUGAAUGCUACCGCUUGUUACAUUUACAUUCGCGGUGAGUUUUACAACGAGGCAUCCAACCUGCAGAUCGCCAUCAAUGAAGCAUACAAGGCUGGUUUGAUUGGAAAGAAUGCUUGUGGAUCUGGCUAUGAUUUUGAUAUUUACAUUCAUCGUGGUGGUGGUGCCUACAUUUGUGGCGAGGAAACCGCUUUGAUUGAAUCCAUUGAAGGAAAGGCCGGUAAACCCAGGCUUAAGCCACCUUUCCCUGCCGAUGUUGGUCUUUUUGGAUGUCCAACCACUGUUGCUAAUGUCGAGACUGUUGCUGUUGCCCCCACCAUCUUGCGUCGUGGUGGAUCAUGGUUUGCUGGAUUUGGCCGCGAACGCAACUCGGGCACAAAACUGUUUUGCAUUUCUGGUCAUGUCAACAAUCCCUGCACUGUUGAAGAAGAAAUGUCUAUUCCACUUCGUGAACUGAUUGAUAAACACUGUGGUGGUGUUCGUGGUGGUUGGGAUAAUCUUCUUGGUAUUAUUCCUGGCGGCUCUUCUGUUCCCGUCCUUCCUCGAAAAAUGUGCGAAGAUGCUUUGAUGGACUUUGAUUCCCUUCGCGACAUGCAGUCUGGCUUGGGCACCGCUGCAGUGAUUGUUAUGGACAAGUCCACAGAUAUUGUUCAUGCGAUUUCGCGGUUGUCCGCAUUCUAUCAACAUGAAUCGUGUGGACAAUGCACUCCCUGCCGUGAAGGUACCACUUGGCUAUCCAACAUGAUGCGUCGCUUUGAAAAAGGGAAUGCAAAGGUUGCCGAGAUUGACAUGAUUGAGGAGUUGUCACGCCAGAUUGAAGGCCACACUAUCUGUGCCUUGGGGGAUGCUGCGGCUUGGCCUGUACAAGGUCUAAUUAGACACUUUAGACCCGAGGUCGAAAAAAAGAUUAUGCAGUUUCAAUCAAAAUAAAUGAAAAAACAGCUCCCAACAAAUAGUCGAGG